GGCUCAAGGAGCCACUGAGCAAACAGCUUUUCAGAGAGCUUCAACUCAGCUGUCAGAGGGGGCAGUUUGGUCUCUGUGCAAGCAAUACUCACAUUCCAAACUGCAUUAGGGAAAAGCUGGUGGGGGUUUAUGCAUUUUUAUUAUCAGUUCCAGACUAGGAAUUUGAUGCUAAUUUUUUCUUAAAGCCUGUGUUUGCAGUAGCAUUUAUAUUCUAAAACAAAGCCAGGAUUGUGAUGUUUUUCUCUCACUAGCUUGCUCUUCUUUAUCUUUUCUUUUUUUUUCCUCCCCUUGGCUUUACUCCAAGGACCUUUUCUGCUUGUUUGUUACACUCUCAAGAUGAAGCACUGGAUGGUUACAGCAGUGCUGAUAGCACUGGUACAGGUUUCUCUGAGUUUCCCUGCCUUGUACCACCGAGGUUGGUGGAGGCUGCUAAGGGAAGGAGAUAGUUGUGGAAAAUGUGAUUUGACGCUUUGCUCGGAGCCUAAAGACUGUCCAGCCGGGACUGUGUUGGAUCGUUGUGGCUGCUGUCGGGAAUGUGGGAAUGUGGAAGGUCAGAUCUGCGACUUGGACCAGGGCAAUCAUUUUUAUGGGCAAUGUGGGGAUGACCUCGAGUGCAGGCUGGAUGCUGAUGAAGCAAGGUUUGGGGAAGUCCCCGAACCCCAGUGUGUGUGCAAGUCUCAAGAGAGCAUCUGUGGACCCGAAGGGAAAACCUACGAGAACAUCUGUCAAUUCAACAAGGCUUAUGCUGCAAAAAGAAAUAUCAGCAUGAAACAUAAAGGGCCAUGUGAAUCAGCUCCUGUUAUUUCUAUGCCACCUCAGGAUGCCCAGAAUUACACAGGCAAUGAUGUCAUUUUUGGCUGUGAGGUGUCAGCCUAUCCUAUGCCACACCUUGAAUGGAAAAAAAAGGGGAAUAAAAUGUUUCUGCCAGGAGAUGACACCCACGUCUCAGUUCAGGCAAGAGGUGGGCCUCAGAAGUAUGGCGUGACAGGUUGGCUGCAGAUUCAAGGACUCAAAAAGUCAGAUGAAGGCAUUUACAUCUGCCACACCAGAAAUAAGUAUGGUGCAACAUAUGCCUCUGCAAGACUGAAAGUCGUUGAUGACCCAUCUCCUCCAUUUGCAUUUACUGCUGGCAGUAGAAGUGCAAGCUACAGCAUUGAAUAUGAGGACUAUUAUGACAAUUCUGAUGAAGAUGAUGAUGAAGAAUAUGAAUCCGGGGACUACGAUAAUGGAAACAACUCUGAAUAAUAGUUUUUAUACAUCUGUUGUCCAAUACCUUUCACACUGUUAUAUUUAUCAGUAAUCUCUGUGCUGUAAAUGGCUCCUCUGCUAACACAUGUAUAUCCACCUUCCUGAAAUUCAGCUUUGGAUAAAGUGUAUCAUGCUACUCAGCAGAAAUAAGAACAGUUGUAACACCUCACAUUUAAAUUGUUAAAUAUAAUGCUUCAACAUGCACCUUUCUACUAGAUAUACCAAAGGCAUCAAAUUUUAUGUUAAUUUUAAAAUUAUUUUAUAAUUUCUUUCACACAUUCUAAUUUGUCUAGCAAAAAUGUCAAUAGUUAAACAAAAUUUUUACCUUGUCUCAAUUUGCUUUUUUUCUAUAAUGUACUACAAAAUAUCAAAAGAUUGUUCACAUGGUAACAAGCCUAAGUAUGGAGUUUGCAAACUAGUCUUUAAUCUCCUUAGUUCCUGUUUUCUCUUAAGUUUCAGCAAGAUUUUCCUUCUCAUUUGAAAUGUUCCAUGAUUAGUCUCAUCAAAUGUGAAUUAUGUGUCUUUUGGGGGAUUAUUUUGUUUACUUUUAAUAGAUACAUGAAGCAAUCCCAGUCUAAAGCAAGUAAGUGCUGUUUUAUUGGCAAUACUCAGAUAUUCCUAGAAAAGAUUCUUUGUGCAUUCAAGCAGCUGAGCACACCUUUGAACUCCUCUUUGUAACAGCUCCUGCGUUUCUCCUCAAAGUGCUGGCUCCUUCCCCCAGCCCAGGGAGCGGUUCAGAGUUUGGGAUGGUUACUUCACUCUGAAC